AUUUAGUAGAACAUCGAGCCUUUUCAACAAUAACCGACAGUAUAAUUCAACGAGUAUAAAUCAUUAUUUAGAAAAGAGCAACAGUACAAAUCAUUAACGAUAUAUUUCCGACGAAGGAAUCAUGCAGCUUUCCAAUAAUUUAUCUUUGAUUGCUAUUUUACAACUAUUUUAUCGUCGCGUCUAUCUAGCUUGAGAAAAAUAUCUCGAGUUGUUUAUAAUAAAACAUAGUCCUAAUCUUUCGUAGUCGUAUCGAGUAAUCAACACAGUGUGUCACAGAUAUUUACUUUUCACGUUGAUACUACUCAAGGAAGAUCAAUUAAUUCUCUCUCCGUUUAUUCACUCGUCCGCUCAGACACUUUGCUUCUCGCGAAGCUCUUGGUGUCCUUUCUUUCUUGAUUCACGGCGCAAACGGAAGUAUGCGCUAACCCGCCGUCUAUUCACCAGCAAAGGACAAAGAACGAAGGGAGGAAAGUCAAGAGAAAAUUCCGUUAGGGCCAAUCAACGGGGACACGUCGCAGGUUUGGGGAACUAUCAGAAAGUUGAGAGAGUUUCGCGUGAACUACUUCCUGCUUCGCGGAAGCAAAGGCGAAGAAAAUUGAGAGUGGUAGCAGCAGGGGAGGAAACGUGAUUAAAGUUCGUCGCGAUCGCGUGAUGGCGCUCGCGUGAUGAUGUCCGCCUGUUGGACAACGCCAAUCGAUGUACAUACUACAUAUUUUAAUGUCGAUAUCGAAUACCGUCGGAGCUUAUCAGUUCCGCAGUGGACUUGCUUGCUCCGAUUUCGUAGCAGACAGUGAGUUGUUGGACUCUCGAUCAGGAACCAUGUUGCGGAUGUUGCUGUUGCUCUUCGUGGCGCAGCACGCGCUCUGUUUCGGCCCUAGGAUUAUAGGCGGAGACAACGCGUCCAUCAACGACUAUCCGUAUCAGACUUCCACCCUCGCAACUUCAAAUUCGCCUGGGUAGUUCUUAUAACAGUAAAGAAGGCAUAGUGAUCACUGAGAAACUUCAAGUGAUUCUGCAUUCGAAUUACAACCAGAAUACGAAGGAUUACGAUGCCGCUUUGAUAAAAACUGUAAAACGAAACUUUAGAAUCAGACACUUUCUCGCUAAUGACAGAAAUUUCCAAAAUUCAGAAUUCCAUCUUCUUUUCCGCGACGAAUUAAAUAAUCCUACAAUCCAACAAACUGCAAGAUCGUAUUUCUCAAGAAGACUAGCAAAAUCACCUUCUUCCUCGCAAGAGUUACCGCAGAGCGUGCCGGCGAGCGCGAGCGUAAAACCGAUCGCCUUGGCAUCUUCCGCGAGCACGAUACAAGGCGGAACAAAAGCAGUGGUGACAGGAUGGGGCUACGUGGCGCCAGGCGGUCCGAUAUCCGACAAGCUGCAAUCAUUAACGUUACCGGUCAUCGAUCAGGCGACGUGCAAGAAAAUUUAUGACAAUCUCCUGACCAACAACAUGUUGUGCGCGGGCAUUAUGAAUGGAGGCAAAGACGCUUGUAGCAUCGACUCUGGAGGACCAUUGGUAUACAACAAGGUUCAAAUUGGCAUUGUGUCUUGGGGCUGGUAUGGCAGUUGCGCGAAACCUCAAUAUCCCGGGGUGUACACGCGAGUGUCUGCUAUACGACAAUGGAUAAAGGAUAAAGCACAAGUGUGAAAUUAAUGUCCUUCGGCGUGCACUAUAUUAGAGGGGCAGAUUUAUAUUCCUUCGCGGGAGGAGCAUGUUAUAUUGCCUGAAACGGAGACCCUAGCACAUACUUUUGCUCACACGUGAAAAUGCUCUCCAUUAGACUCAAAUGUAUACGAAUAAUCUUUCCUUUCGUGCACACAAUCUUGUAAAUCUUAAAUCUACAAAUAUGGCAUUAGCAAAUUACAGCUUUAAAGGAAGAGAAGUGAUGUAUCAGCGAUGUUUUAAUAUUCGAUCGUUUGUAUCGUCAAUUCAUUUUUGUGAUGCAACGAAUUGGAAUAUCUAUUUUAUAAUUUAACGUUAAUACACGCGGGAAAAGUUCGUUCACCGAUCAACAUGUGCACAUUUUUUAUUUUUUGUUCUGUUAAAGGAAUAAAUAUUUCUUGUACGAUGAAAACGAAGUGUCUGACUUCCUCAAAAUAUCCGUAAUUUAAAAAAAACUUGUAAAAUAGGAAAGGGAUUGGAUAUUGAAAUACCUGCUAAUUAUCAAUCUAGUAACUCGUUUGCGCACUGACUUGCAUAUCGAGCAAUACUCACACGGGUGAUACGAACGAUACGAUUUCGAACAGUUCGGUGUGACUUUAAUCACACGAACAUGAACAGCAAGAGAAACGAAAAAAGAAAGGAGAAUGAAAAAAGUUAGAUGGGCUAGACGGGCUCAUCAGCGAGGCUUAUCUAGCAGACUUUGCCAUGGAUGCGGGAACAUUCAAUAUUGAAAGGACUUCCUUUGCGAGCGUUUGCGUAAUUUUGCUGCUGGUUUGCAAACACUCGAAAUUUCGGCCAAAUUGAAAGUAAAUUCGGCGAGUUCGAAAAUUUACAGAAUUGCAAGCAGCCCGUCGACCGUGUGAUCCAAAAUCUAAACUCAUUCCUCAGUUCGAAAAACAUAACGUUGCUGUUUGUCUUGUUUCCUCGGGGGAAACUGAAGAGAAGGCUUCUCGUAGUUUUGUUUCUUGUUGCAUUACGUUUCUCCGUUUCUGAGGGAAACCGGCGCGAUGUUUCUCCGCGUUGCGAAAAGAGGAUUACGAAGGAUCGAAAGUAACUUGGUUAUUAAUAAAGUUCGAGUUCCUGGUGAUUGAAAGAUCCAGUUGUCCGAUGCAAUUCGGUUUUCGACGAACUCGAUGUGAGACAGCAGUGUUAUUAAAGAAGUCCCGUCUUAUCGGAUAGCUAAUUCUUCAAAUACUUCAACAGUCUUUGCAAAUAUGUUGUUGCAAUUUCUGUGCGGGGUAUUAUCCUCAGAUUAUUCUUAAAUUUUAUCAACAUAAUCGUGAUAAUCACGUUAUAAUAAUAUCUUUAAAUAUUUUCAUGUGCACAUAAAAACUGUUGAAAUACUUUCACCAGCUUAUAUUUCCUUGAGUUUGAUUCAUAUUUUUUUAAGAAAUAAGUGUCUUUUUUUAUUCGUAUAUAUUAAUUACUAAUCAUAUUAGUGAUAAUCAACAUGAAUAUUUUUAUAUAUACCAACACGCUAAAAUUUCAUUAACGUUGCAUUGAGAUACGACUAUCAUGAUUAUUUUCGUAGAAUUGCAUAAAAUUCGACACCGUACAUAGAAAUUACAAGAUACCUAUUCAGCAAGUACUUAUAUAUUUCACAGAGAUUGUAGACACACUUAAACAAUCGAUUGUUCAUUAUAUCGAUAGAUAUUCUUGACUUCUAAGAAACAAAAAUAUAAUUAUGAAUAUGACACGUGUUUCUUCCUAAGAGAGGACUGCAACGAAACUAUUUCCCGUUUCCGGCGCAACGAUCGACUUCUCGAUAUCCGUUAGCCGAUCUGCGUAAUAUCGAGAAAUGAAAUUUCUCGCUCAUGCAUUUCAUUAUUCUCGCAGAUGCAUAAAUUCCGCGAGAUAGUUAGGUUACGAACUAUUUUUCAACAACAAUCGACCGCGCGCCGCGAUUCGGCUAAUUCGCUCGGGCAAGUUGGAAAACUUUCGAGAAGCAACGGCCAACUGGCCGUUCAAAUUUCGGUUAACGCGUUUUAAAAUCCCCAGCGCCGAUUCUCACGCUCGCGGGAGUUAACGCGAGAAUUAAGCUUAAUGGCGGAGAAUGGACGAACGGUUUUUCGGAUGGUUACGCUUCCGAAUGAAAAGUGUGCCUCGAACGAGAUUACUUGAUUGGGACGAUGGGAACGUUGAUUGCUGGAACCGGGGAAACAAUCGUGUCAGCGUAAGAGUUUGCUGCCAACGCUAAUUUGUUUAAAAUUUUUUCGUUGUGGAAAAGUUCGCGUUCAAGGAGGAUUUGCAUCUAUCGAGCAGAUUUUACCUAAACGCGUUGUUUCCGUCGUUUCAAUUUCGAUUCGACGUUUCUCUUCUUCCUCCUCGUACUCGAUAAAACUGAAUG